UUACAACAUUGCUGCAGUGCCGUGUUGUUAUCGAUAAAUUGUGAAAUAUUCGCUGCGAUUUACGUAUGCAUCGUGCGUUAAGUUGAUUUAAUUUAUAUUCUUUUGCAUAUUUAACGCGACGUAAGAUGUCAUUCCAAUUGCCUGCAACAACAACAACCGCCAGCGCUCCAAGCUUUUCGUUUGGUCUUAGCACUGCAACACCAGCAAGUGCCGGAAAUGCCGGCGCCGCGGUUCCCGCCAAACCUACAUUUGCCUUUGCUGCACCAGCUGCAGCUCCAAACAUUGGUGGCGGCGAUGCUGAUGCUGGGAAGGCAGCCGCCGCGCCACCUCCAUUUGGGGGCUUUGGCUUGGCGGCCACACAAUCAGCGUCAACUUUAUCGAAUCCAUUGACGGGGUUGGGUGCUGGACUAGGUGUCGCUGCUGCUCCAACAGCUGCGGCUGCUACAUCAGCACCAACGUCGUCAGCCGCACCUACUUUUGGAGGAUUUCUCGCACAACCAGCAGCUGCAACAGCUACAACAACAACUCCAGCACCUGCAGCGGCGGCAACAACAGCAAAUCCACUUGGCGGUGGCUUGUCGCUGGUCCUAGGGUCUGCACCGAAAACUACAUCGACAUCGAUAGCGCCUGUUGCUGCUUCUGUUGGCCAACUGGCUAGUACAGCCCCUCUUGGAGGUGCAGCUGCUACAGCGGCUGCUGCACCAACCGCAACAACUGGCGCCACCUUUGCCAACUUGUCCACGGCAACAAAGACCACGGACUCUGCAGCCGUUGCAAAUGCUACGCAAUUGUCGUACAAUCAGCUGGAGGAGCACAUCAACAAAUGGACCUUGGAGUUCGAGGAGCAGGAGAAAGUCUUCACAGAGCAGGCUACACAAAUAAAUGCCUGGGAUAAGCUGCUCAUUGGCAACAAUCAAAAGAUCAUUGAGCUCAACGAUGCAGUGCAAAAGGUGAAGAACGAUCAACAAGUGCUCGACCAGGAGCUAGAAUUCAUAGCCACGCAGCACAAAGAGCUAGAGGAGAGUCUCGGCCCACUAGAGAAGGAAUUCACAAGCUUGCCGCGCGUCGAUCAGGAGCGUAGCCAGACCUAUUUGAUGGUCGAGAAUCUCGAUACGCAGCUUAAGCAAAUGUCCGAGGAUCUAAAAGAGGUGAUCGAUAAUCUAAAUGAGGCAAACAAAGGGCAAGAUCACACAGAUCCCAUCAUACAGAUUGGCAAGAUAUUGAAUGCACACAUGAAUUCGCUACAAUGGAUCGAAUCGCAGUCAACACACAUAUGCAAGAAACUUGAUGACAUCGGAAAGAUACAUGAGACACAAAAACGAGAUAUCUUUAGAGCUCCCUAUUAAAAGAAAAUACGUUUUAAAUCAAAUAAAAAUGAAAAUAAAAUCUGAUUUGUACAGAAGAGUAUU